AUGAGCCGAUUACUAGAAAGUGAGGCAAGUUCUGGUAGUUCUGGGACUGACUCUGACAAUUCUAAAGUUUUAGAUUCUCAUACACCCGAUAAUUCUGUGAGUAGAGGUCAAAACAAUGAAAUUCCAUCUUUAGCAUUGCGAAAUCGACUGGAACUUUACAGCAGACGUUUGUCUCAAUUGGGUUUAGAAGAGACUCCACAGAUUCCAUUGGAGACAGAUAAUACCUCAUUAUCACAGGCAGAGAAGGAGAAAAUAAAAAAUGAGGAAGGACCAGAUGUUAACUCGUUCAAAGUGAAAAUAAAAUUCCAGCCUAUUGGCUCUGUACCUCAAAUAAAACCGCCUGUCUGUAAGAUUUCUGCAACACAAUCAUUCUCUUCAAUUAUUAGUUUUCUCAGAAAGCGUCUGAGAAUGGAAAAUGUUUAUUGCUACGUGAAUAGUUCCUUUGCCCCAACUCCCCAACAAAAUGUGGGCGACCUCUGGACACAAUUUAAAGUCAAUGAUGAACUUAUAAUCAGCUAUUGUGGGGCAGUUGCUUUUGGAUAA